UGCAGCUCACAUUACAGCUGCCAGCAGUAUUUAAAGGGCCAGAGCCUGUGUUAUUAUCGCAUGUUAGAAAUCAUCAUCCACUUUCAUUUAAAGCUGACACAAAGGAGGUGGAGGAUUCAGGGAUCUUAUCUAAUCUUUUAAUAUAGGACCCAAUAUUACUGGCUGGGUCUAGCCGCUCAUAUAUCCGAGCAGAAAAAAAGGAUGUUUUUCGGCACAGAAACAGAAGGACAUCAUGAAGAGACACGCAAACGCUUCCACUCCCUAAAGUUUGGUCAAAACCCAUCUGGCACAGUCUGAGGUACACUUUGCUAUGGGAGACCCUUGUGUGGAUCGAAGGUGAUAUGUGACGUGUGAAAAUGUGUGACUGUACGUCUGAACCACCACUGAGACAUCCCCGAAGCUUUUCGGCUCCCAGACACUGAGUGGUAGCAGUACUCUCAGCUCGCAGAAAUGGGCACGCGAGUAAAUCAUCAUCAUUCAGAAGAAUCAUGCGAUCCAGAUCCUGCCGAAGCUGAUACGGAAGGCACAGUGACUCCGAUGACUUCAGCACACCUUGAUGCUCCUGAUGGAGGAUGGGGCUGGGUGGUCCUGGUGGCCACCAUCUUAGUUCUAGCCUUGACCCUGGCCUUCCCAUCCUGCAUGGGCAUCUUUUACACUGACCUUCAAAUUGAAUUCAGUGCCAGCAACAGUGAGACAUCCUGGGUGCCAUCCAUAAUGACAGCAGUCCUGCAUGCAGGAGGACCUUUAUGCAGCGUGUUAGUGGAACAUUUUGGUUGCAGGGCAACGGUGAUGAUGGGGGGAGUCUUGAGUGGACUGGGGAUGGCAGCCAGCUCCUUCACACAUUCCAUCAUUGAGCUUUACAUUACCGCAGGGGUAAUAACAGGUCUAGGUUUUUGUUUCAGCUUCCAACCUGCAGUCACUAUCCUUGGUCACUAUUUUGUGCGCCGACGUGCCUUUGCCAAUGCCAUGUCAUCCACGGGUACAGCUCUGGGCCUGUGUGUGCUGCCCUUCUUGGGUCACUACCUACACAGUGAACUGGGUUGGAGGGGGAGUUUCCUUGUGCUCGGUGCUGUGUUGCUCAACUGCUGUGUGUGCGGUGCUGUGAUGAGGCCCCUGGAGCCACAGAAACACAGAGCAGCCAAAGGAAAUAAUAAUGGCACCAAACCACUGGCUGAGAAGGGAAUUAAAGAACAGAUGUGGGUGGCAUGGAGAAGUUUAACAUCCUCUUUCCGUCGCCACAUGGCCUUUGACCUGUUUUGCAGUAACCAACGCUUUCGUGUGUACGCGCUUGGCAUUACGUGGAUGAUGCUAGGUUUUGUGGUGCCAUUGGUUUUCCUCGUUCCUUAUGCUACAGAUAACGGCAUGGAGCAGAGCCGGGCUGCCCUGCUGCUCUCCAUCUUGGGCUUUAUCAACAUCUUUGUGCGGCCACCCGCCGGCCUGCUCUUCGGCCUUUCCUGGUUCAAAGGCCGCCAUGUUUACGUAUUUUCAAGUGCAUUGCUACUGAAUGGAUUAAGCAACAGCAUCUGCUGUAUCGCGCCCACAUUUCCAGUGCUCUUGGUUUACGUGCUGACGUACGGUCUGUCCAUGAGCGUGGUGGGCUCACUGAUGUUCACUGUGCUCAUGGACAUAGUGGAGAUGAACCGCUUCCCCUCAGCACUUGGCCUGCUGGCUAUCAUGGAGAGCGUCACGCUGCUGAUCGGGCCACCUCUAGCAGGUAGCCUUGUGGACAGCACUGGUCUUUACUCAUACGUGUUCCUCGCCUGCAGUAUCACAGUGGCCUUAUCAGCUUUGUUUCUCAUGUUGUCCUUCUACUGGCUGGACCGCCGUGACACAGCACUUAAGGAAGCAUCUUCUCCUCAUGUGUCAACAGUUACACCUGAAGCCCACGCAGUGGGUGUUGGGGAGAAGGUCAAGGAACCUGCCAUAGAAACUGAACGCAUCACAACUGUAUGAACCGAGUCCAGUAAUAAUCAACAUCAUUGUUCAAUGAAAGAGACAUAUGCACAUGAAUUGAACACAGAUUGGUUCAAUUUCAGGACGUAUUGUUCCCGGGGCAUUUCACCAAUGAUAUACAUGUUACACUUGCUUAAAGUAUAUACAUUGUGUGUUUGUCAGAUUGUGAGGGUUAUAUCGCUUUACAUGGCUAAAUCAUGAUUCUUCGUGUAUCACUAUUAGACAUUUACUAGCAUGUUUGUAUCUGCUACUUUUGCUGUACACUUGCCAAAAUGGCCAUCUUCAUGACAAUAUGGGUCUGAAUCCAUCUUUCAGAUUGAUAAUGGUCACACAUCGGAUUUGUUUCCAGGACACAGCUUUGUGUUCCACUGUUUACAGGUUUAUUACUUUAUACAUUUUGCUUUAAGGUCUACGUAUAUGGAAAUCAGAUUUACCUUCUGAAUGUAGAGCUCUGCUUUGUAUUAUCAGAUGUGUGUGAUACACAUUUUUAUACGCUGUGUCAAUCAAAACAGCAGACGAUGUUAAUGUCUUUCAGACAUUUUCACAUUACAUUUCUUUAACAUAGUGACUAAGCUGCGUAUGAGAAUCCUAACGCAAGUCUUACAGCCGAACAAUAGCCAAAGUCAGACUGAGCGUGGUUCACUGUUAAUGCCUUUGCCUUAUCUAAAGCUAUCAGGGAACUGUACACAAAUCAAGUGCCGUAUGAAAGUAUAAGUAAAGUAUAUAUGUAUUUCUAAACCUGUUCGUCUGCACUGUACACCAAAGGUCCUGCUGGUUCUAGUAUAUUUUUACAGAGUAUAUACAUAAUAUAUGUACACACAAUAUAUUGGUCCUGUUGCCGUUGCAUAAACAUGACAGAAGGGCUAUGAAUACCUCUAUAGAGUGUAUAAGGUUAUAUGUUAUUUAGAAGAUGUAGAGUUUUUGUUUCUUCUAUACAAAUAAAUACACUUUUCUUUAAUUUCAAAUAAACAACUUAUUUCGAUUCAAA